CAGCACCCCACAUCAGUAGCAGUGCCCCCUGCUGGUAGCGGCAUCACACUACCACAGCAGCCUGCCAAACCCUUACCAGCGGCCCAGGGCAGCAUCACGUUACCACGGCAACCAGCCAAGCCGUCAUCUGCUAUCCAGGCCGCCAUGCAGGCGACGCUGGCCUCCAUCAAACUCCCUCCCCCUUCACCAUCCAUCAAGGCUGAAAAAGAGGUCAAAGAGAGCAAGCUGAGUGAUGAUGAGGAGGAAAAACCCAAAAAGGAGGUUGUCCCUCUUGUCUUCAAAAAUAAAAAGGAGGCCAUGGAGGCAUUCAAGAGUCUGCUCAAAGAAAAGGGCGUAUCAUCUAAUGCCAGCUGGGAGCAGGCGCUGAAGUUGAUCGUUAACGACCCUCGUUACGGUGCACUCAGACAGCUUAACGAGAGGAAACAGGCCUUUAAUGAGUACAAAACAAAGAGGGCCAAGGAGGAAAAGGAGGAGCAAAGACUGCGAGCUAAACACGCCAAGGAGGACUUAGAACAUUUCCUUCUCCAUGCCGAAAAAAUGAACUCAAGUGUCAAGUAUUGGAAGGCAGAUGACUUAUUCGGGGAUCAGGACGUGUGGCGCCGUGUCGACGAUCGUGAUCGACGCGAAAUCUUUGAUGAUGUCGUCCACAUGCUGGCAAAAAAAGAAAAGGAGGAAUCCAAGUCUCUGAGGAAAAGAAACACGAAGGUGUUCACGGAGAUCCUGGACAGCAUGCCGAGUCUGACGUUCUGUACGACCUGGUCCGAGGCCUCGCAGAUGUUACUGGACAAUCCACGAUUUACAGACGACCCAGACUUACAUAAUAUGGACAAAGAAGAUGCCCUGAUUUGUUUUGAGGAACACAUCCGACUGUUGGAGCAGGAAAACGAUGACGAAAAGGAACGAGAACGAAGACGAGGCAAACGACAGCAGAGGAAAAACAGAGAGGGGUUCCUGGUUCUGUUAGAUGAGCUACAUGAGCAGGGGAAGCUGAACUCCAUGUCUCUGUGGAUGGACCUGUACCGAAUCAUCAGUCAGGACGUCCGCUUCACCAACAUGCUUGGACAACCAGGAUCCACCCCCUUAGAUCUGUUCAAGUUUUAUGUGGAGGAUCUCAAAGCUAGAUUCCACGAUGAGAAGAAAAUUGUCAAAGAAAUCCUGAAGGAGAAAGGUUUUCUUGUGGAAGUCAGUACACUGUUUGAGGAUUUUGCGGGACAGAUUGCUGCUGAUAGGAGAGCUAAUAGUCUGGAUACUGGGAAUAUCAAACUCACCUAUAACAGUUUAAUAGAGAAAGCUGAAGCUCGAGAAAAAGAAAGACUGAAGGAAGAAGCUCGAAAGCUGCGUAAACUGGAGAGUCAGUUCAGGACAGCCUUAAAACAGGUCACCCCCGCGAUAGAGCCAGACACAAAGUGGGAGGAGAUUAAGGACAAGCUGGAGAGAGAGUCGGUGUUUGAGGCGAUCACGCUGGAGUCGGAGCGGAUCCGACUUUUUAAGGAGUACCAGGCCGUGUUAGAGGACACCUGUAGUCAUCACCACGCCAAGAGAAAGAAACGCAAGCAGAAACACAAACGAUCACGAUCCAGAUCUAUCCAGAUAAACACAACACAUGAUCACGAUACAGAUCUGUCUACCCUCACUGUGUUAGAUCCAGAUAAACACAAACGAUCACGAUCCAGAUCUGUAUGUACCCUGACUGUGUUAGAUCCAGAUAAACACAAACACAAUCACGAUCCAGAUCUGUAUGUACCAUCGCUGUGUUAG